AUGGCUGAGAUACGUCGCUCUUCAAGGGCCAACAAAGGUACAAACACGAGGCUGAGUGAGCAGAUCAAGUAUGAAGAAUUGAUUGCAAAGAAGUCAAAGAAGGCUAGAAGAAACAGUAGUGGUGAUGAAGAAGUUGGUGAUGAAGAAGAUGAGGAUGGCGCUGUACAAUGCCUGGUUUGCGGUACCACAGAUGACAACUAUGACGAGGAACAAGACGACAGGGACAUGAUCCAAUGUGACAAUUGUCAAACAUGGCAACACACCGAGUGUAUACUGGGUAAACAGUCCAAAGUUAUUCCUGACGAAUAUAAGUGUAAUGUCUGUGAUCCUGCUAAUGAAUCUUAUAAGAACCUGUCUUUUAAAAUAGACCCUUCUACUAUAAAACCAAAACCAAAGACUAUCAAGAAGAUUAAGAAGAAAUCUCGCAGAAACUCUAGUAAUGGGAAAGAUGAAGAUGAAGAAGAAGAUGACGAAUUUAAAGAUAAUGAUAAAGUUGAUGAUGACGAUAAAGACUUUUCUGCUGAUGAUGCUGAAUUCAAAGUUAAAUCUGAAAGAAAACAAAGAAAACGAUCAAGAUCUAAAUCAACUGAUCAUAAUAAUGAAGAUGAUGAUGACGAUGAUUAUGAACGCAAGAAGAAAUCAAAAUCACCAAAACAUAGAGGCCGUCAAAGUAUUAGUGAGAUUAACGCUGCUGAAUCAAAAGCUAGAGAAAUUGAUGCUAAAACUAAAGAUGCUGUUAAGAGAAGAUUUCAAACAAUGUUUUUAAAAUUAUUACCUGGAUCAAAUGUUAAUCUGAAGGAUGAAAAUGAUGAUGAAAAUACUAUUGAAUCAUUAUCAUUGAAAUGGGCAACUAAAUUAGAGGAUGAAUUGUAUAAAGUUUACCAUGAUCCAGAGACUUUAAAAUUAACACCAGCUUAUAAAGAAGCAAGUGCAAGAAUUUAUUCAAAUGUUAUUGAUGUUAAAAAUUCAAAAUUAAGAUUAUCAAUUAUUAAUAAAGUGUUACCAUUUGAUAAAUUAGUUCGAAUGCCAGUACAAGAAUUAUUAAAUCCUGAUUUACGUAAAGAAAAAGAAGAAGCUAUUAAAGAAUCAAUGACUUUAGCCACUUUAGAAGCUCCAACUGUUUCAAAUAUCAGACGUACUCAUAAAGGUGAUAUUUUAUUAGAAAAAGAUGAUUCUAAUGCACAAACUCAAUAUGAUUUUAAUGUUGGUAUGAAUAUUGAUAAUGAUGAGAAAAAAUUUACAAAAUCUAAAAACACAGUUAUUAAUGAAAGAAAAGAAUCAUCAAUUUAUAAUAAUAAUGGUAAUAAUAAUGAUGAAGAUGAUGAAUUUGAUAAUUCAUUUGAUAAAGAUGAUAAUGGGGAUGGGACACAAGAAACUUAUUCGAGAGAUCGUUCACAUUCAUUACAAGAUGAUGAUGCAAUUUUACAAAUCUUGGGUGAAACUGAAAAAGAAGUUAAACAACAACAAGAUGAAUCCAAUUCAUUUAAUUAUGAAACCCCAAUUUGGUCAGGUCAAACAGUUUUCGUUGAUGUUACAAAUUUUUACAGUGUUGUUAAAUUAUCCAAAACAAAUUUAAAAUUCAAAGAUUAUAAUAAAAUUUCAGAGAUUUUAAUUGAUCAUGAUUUACCAUUAGAAAUUCAAGGUCGUUUAGAUUUACGUAAAGCUGAUGAUUAUAUUAGAAAAAUUUCAGAUUCAAGAAAAUUAAUAUUAUUAGAAUUGGAAAAUAAUGAAUCAAAUGAUAAAAAUUUCAAUAAAUUAUUCCAUUAUUUUUAUUCAAGAUUAAAAGUUGGAGUUGUUAAAUUUAGAUCAAGUUUCAUUAAAGAUUCUUAUUUAAUAGCUACAAAAGAUGAUCAUGUUCCAAGAUUUUUCGAAAAUGUUUUGAACAAAACAGAUAAAAGUUCAACACCAAGAUUAUUUAUUGUAUUUGUUGUUAAACAAGAACUGAUUGAAAAAAUUGAUGUUAAUAGAGAUUCGAAAAGUGCAUCAUCAUUGAAUACACCACCAAAUACUAGUACAACUACAGCUACAGUUCCAUCAUUUGAAUUUUUAUCAAGAUUGAAUCCUCAUGAAUUAGAUUUAGUUAACAAGAUUUUUGAUGAAAGACCAGAAACCAGAGUUGAUGUUAAUUUACUGAUUAGUUAUUUACAACAAAAGUUGAAACGUCAAACUAAUUGA